AUGGCCGUGGCCUGUCCUUGCCAUCAAUGUCGUCCUGAGUGGUUCAGGAACGGCUGGUGGUGCCCCCAGGAGGUGAGAGUGGCACCAGUGCCGCCUCCUGCAUCCCUUUGGCCUCGAUUUGGCCAGCACUGGCCAGAAGCUGCCCACGGGGAGGACGAUUCUGACUUUGCCCCCUUCGAUGCAGAGCUGAGAGCAGUGUUGGAGGCUUCUCUCCGGACCGCCGCAGCAGACCGCCGCUACCUGGAAGAGCUUGAGCAGGCCAUCAGCCGGUCGAUCGAGGAGGCAGCCGGAUUGGAUUCGGGGUCGAACGCUCCCACCGAGCCUUCUUCUCUGGCAGCGCGAUGUACAAUCUGCAUGGAGCAGAAGCAUGAUGGCAUCCAGUGCUGCUGUGAUGAGGCCGGCGCAGCUCACUUCUUGUGCAGAGAGUGCUUGCCGCAGUACGUGCACAGUGAGCUUCAGAGCGACGAAGAAAGCGGCAGGCGCCUGAUGGAACGGCGUGCCUCUGGGCAUUGCAUCCGCUGCCCUGGGCGGAGCCAGUGUGAAGGAUUCCUACAGCUGGACUCCCUUAGGCCGAUGCUGCCCGCCGAAGACUGGUCAAAGUUGCAGGCAACCGCGGAAGCAGAUGAGAACCAUAGGCAGUGGCAGCAGUGGCGCCAGCACGAGCAUCAGGAAGACCCCGAGUUGCUCCGUGAGGCCUUGCUCCGCUCCAUGCCCAAUGCAGUGCAGUGUGGGGGCUGCGGCUACGGGCCUAUCGAUCACACGGCUUGUUCAGAUCUGGACGCCCACCACGGGGAAUGGCAUGGCAACACCCAGAUCUCCAACCAGUGUCCGCGAUGUGGAUGGUGGCAGCACGACAUCCAGCAGUGGCCACGCUGGGACGGCAUGGUCAACUUGUGA